AUGUUUCGCGCAAUAAUUGAAUUUGUGGUUGCAUGCAGUUGUUAGGUUUCACGGUGUAUACUUCCGGUAAAAUGACAGGAGCUGUCAGUUUAAACCACAUGUGAUACGCAAAGACACUAGAUCUAUACUUUCCUAUAUUGAAAUAAUGGAUAUAUCACCUAUGUUAGAAUGCUUGAGAGCAGCAAAUUGUAAGACGGACAAAGUCAAGGCAAUUAAUAGUAUACUCGAUGUAUUUGAGGGCACUCAAAAAGAAGAAGAAACUGAUGACAUAGCUGAAAGGUUAACAAGUGAGGGUAUACUAGAUGAUCUAAUAAAUGUAUCUGGAGAUGAAGAUACUCUGGCAUCUGUUGGUCAACUUCUUGCUGAGCUAGCAAAAAAUGAAUCUGUUAGAGUGCCGUGUGUCGAGAAAGGUUUUAUUCCCAUUCUACUGAAAGUGCUAGAGAGGCAAGAUGAUAUAGAUAGAAUGACACAGGCUUGUCGUGCUCUUGGAAAUAUUUGUUUUGAUAACGAUAUUGGUAGAGCAAAGGUAGACGAGGAUGACGGUAUUUCUAUAUUGCUGACGUUACUAAAUUCCCUGCUAGGUAACACCAAAAGUGGCACGGACAAACUGAGGACUAUAGCAUGUGGAUUUCUUCUCAAUCUUACUAACAGUAAUGAAACCCUGCAGAAGAAAGCAUUGGAGGAAGAUGCCUUGAAUCUGAUAGCCAAGUAUUUAAAAAACUACGAGACAGAUGAAAGGCUAUGUAACAUGGUUCUUCUUACAAUUGCUAGUCUUACUGACUCAGAGAUGUGUAAAGAGAAAUUAUUUGCAUCAAAUCUUUGCCAAUCUAUGGUUGACUUCUUGCAAACACCUACUGGAGAAGACCAGUAUGAAUCAGUACUGGAUAUACUCAUAACCUUAUCUGAAUGGGAUGAAGUGAAAGAUUUGUUAGCACAGACAGAUUUAUGUAAACAACUUAUAAAAAUGGCUCAAGUUACAUUGGGUGAGAACGCAGAAUAUAGUGAAGAUAAUCAGCAGAAGGUGAAGAUGUCUUCAGAUCUUCUUAUAUUGCUUCUAACUGGAGAGAAGAGUAUGGAGAUAUUGUUUGACGGUGGUAAAGGGGAGAUAUUCUCGGAGUCAAUGACCUGGUUAGAUAGUGAUGAACAGCAUCUACAGCUCUGUGGUGCCCUCGCUGUUGGCAACUUUGCAAGAAGUGAUGAACACUGUCAGUUUCUGGUAGAACAGGGCGUUAUAAAAAGGUUACUACGUCUACUGAAACCAGUUUAUGGAGAACAGAAAUGUACUUUAGAACAUGCUAGUCUCAGUGCUCUACGUAAUCUGGCUAUACCUGCGGGUAAUAAAGCUUCACUGAUCAAAGAGGGAGUUAUAGAUGCUGUGUUGGUUCUUGUAGACUCAGAAAUGUUAGCCGUUAUAUUCAAAAUGCUAGGGGUGUUACGUAUGCUUGUUGAUGGUCAAGAUGAUGCUGCGGUGAAACUAGGUCAACAUAGAGAAUUUGUUACAAGACUUGUAGAGUGGAGUGCUUGUGAAGAGCACCCAGGGGUCAAAGGGGAGGCAACUAGACUAAUGGCUUGGUUGGUGAAGAACAGUCGAGCGGAAGACGUUAUGAGAAACAUUAUAAGGGCUGAUGGGAUACCAUUUUUGGUUGCUAUGGCAACAUCAGAACAUAUAGUCAUGCAGAAUGAAUCUCUAGUUGCACUUACUUUAAUAGCUUCAACAGUGCUAGCUGAUGCAGCUCUACCACUGAAGGAGGCAGAUAUUUUAGACACUAUAACUCAGUUAUUAAAGGCAGAUGAAACAUUACCAGAGAUCAAAUGUAAUACACUAACUCUGACCAGAACUAUAUGCUCAUCAGCCGUCCCGCAGAUGUCCCAGUCACUUCCCUGUAGACUUCUGGCUUGCACCGGUCUUCUCCCCUACGCUGGCAAGGCACUAAGAGAAGAUUUGCUGAGCUCUAGUAUACCUGAUGUUAUACGACAGCUUACGGAACAUGAUGACGAAAAAGUGAAGAUAGCCGCUAAAUCUGUGAUACCAGUCCUAGAAGAUACUCAACCAGUCGAUAGGUGAUCUACCUCAUGUAUUAUAAUGGAACAAUCCAAGUAAAAAUGGUCCAGUCAACAGUCAAACUGUGUUUGUUUACGAUGUGUUUAAACUUUAUAUAGAGAAUGAGUAUUGGUGCACAUAGGAACUUCAAAGACUACAGUGUCUGUUUUGAACUUUCUUUUAUCAUAAUUAUUAUUCCCCUGGAUUAUUGUUAAAGAUAGAAAAAUUGUUAGGUGAAAAUAGUUACUAUUCAAAUAUAAAAAAUAGAUGAAGUAUUUUGAUUUUAUUGUUUUAACAAGAAAUUUGCUCAUUAUAUAGAACUAUGAUAUAUAUAUAUUGUGUAUAUGUUGCUGAUGUUCUUCAAUUGACGCUUUAAUGUUAAACAUUAUAUUGCAAUGUUAGUAAGCAUAAUGUAUACCUUAUUGUUUCCAAUUAAUGCCCACCUUCUAAUUAGCGCUCCCUGCCACAUUUGACAAAAAGAAAUUUCUUGCAUUAAAGGUGUCUCAUAGUAUAUUUAAUCCAUACUGAAAGAGCAAUUAUUCUUGAAAAAAAACAAUAUUUUAUUGAAAUCUACAACAGAUUAAUACAAAUAAACUUGCUUGUAUGAUAUACUGAAUUACUUAUGUAUUUUACAGCACAAAUUUAAAGCUCUUUUUAAUCCCCCCACCCCUUUUGGAAAAAUGCACGUCUUAGGGGCAUUAAUUAGAAACAAUAUGGUAUUUAAAUGUUAAAUUUGACACAAGUUAUAGACUUUUUUUAAGGACCAAAUUUAGUUUUUUUUAAGCAACUUAUUUCAUAUUAAAGAAUAGUAAAUGUUUAAGAUAUAAUUAGCAUCCAAAGUUUUUUAGCAAGUUUUAUAUUUUAUAAAUUAAUUCAUUUAUACAAAAUAUAUAAAGGGACCAUCUUGUGUUUUAACAUUCCACAAGUAUUUUGUAAUUAUUUCUGACAUGUUGUGUUAUUUUUUUAUUCAACUCAGUUGCUUGUUUAAAGACAUAAAAAAGCAAUUUCAUGCCUGUAUAUUUGUGUCUGUAUUGCAACAGAAAGUAAUAAUGUGAACAUAUUUUAAGACUUUUGUCCGAAUUUGUUAUAUUUCAAAGUUUGUUUUACCCUACAUCUGUUGCUGUCUAUUGUCAAUCUAUUGAUACACACAACUAAGUAGUGCUACCUUAACUGUAAAAAGACUUGUGACACCAGCACAGGCUUGACUGCACCUUCUAGCAGCCUGACCAGUCAUUAAACUGGUGGCUGGCUAAAUUUAGCAUUUUGAUCCUGAAAUCCCUUUAAUUCAUAAAUGGACUGUUCUGUAUUCUAAUCUGGGCAAGUCCAUUUUUCAAAUAUAAAAAGGGUAAAGGGUAAAAACAUUACAGUUUGUCAACCUUACAUAUACAGGGUACCUAAUCCUUUAAUAUGACCGGAUUCUAGCAAGUCUGUCCUGCUUAACCCUUAACAUGCUGGAUUUAUGUAACAUGAAUUUGGAACAUUUCCAAUCCAAGUUUAAAGAUACAAAAAUUUAACUACCACCAAUAUAGAGCCUGGUCAUACUGCAUUAGUGUGAAGGCUGGCCUGACUCUUCACUUGUGGCAAAUGCCUUCUACGUGUUUAUAAUAAAGAAAAGAUAAAUGAUAAAAAUAACAGUAUUUAUCCCAUUAUAUUUCAGAGACCACUGUUUAGUGGAUCUGUCUCUGUAAUCAUGCCAAAUAUGUGUUCUUUGUUUUACUAAUAUACAUGUAUGAUAACAAUUGUCAGUUUGUAUAUAGUUAUAAUAAUGUAACUGUAUAUUUUGAAUAUUGUUUACAUUUUUACAGAAAUUUCUAAGAUCAAGCAAUCAAUUGUACAACAGUAAUCAUUUUUUAUUCCACUGAGCUUUUUCCAAGGGUAUCUACUAUCUAGCCAUUUUGUCACCUCGGUGUUAUAGUAUUUUAAUGCAUACAUGCAUAAAUAGGUGAAGAUAUAUUGACAGGCAUGACAGAACUGCCUUAUAAUAUUACAAAAUUUAAUGCUAUAUAUUACAAAUGCUAUAUAUUACAAAUGCUAUAUUUUCAUGAAUAAGUUGACCAGAUUGUACAAAGGUUAAGUUGUAAAAUAUUGAAUUGUUAAGUAAGUUAACUUUAAAAAUGUAAUUCCAUGUUUUUUUGUGAUAUAUAUAUACAUUAUAAUUUUGAUUACUUUAGCUUUUAUUGAUAAUUAUAAGGUCACUAAAUCUCAUAUUUAGUCUGUUUAGUGCAGUAACAGGUUAACUCCUUAUAUAAUUCAAUAGGAGUUAACCUGUUACUGCACUAAGGUGACGAUUUCAGACAUUUGAACAAGAAUUGACUUCAUUCUAGACACUGCCUUAAUCAUAUUCAGUAUUUUCUCCUGUUUUACACAGCCUCCGUAAAAUUUUCAUGUCAUUUGAUAACUUACAUGAUGUCAUGCCCUUAAAAGUAAAUUUUGAAGCACAAAGUGAUGAUAAAUUACCUCAAUACAAUUCCUCUUAAGUAUUAACCAAAGAUAUGAAUUUUGCCAAAAGUAGGUCACUGCAUGGUGGCCAAUGAGAACCUUAAUGUACAGUCACCUGAGAAAAUACGAAAAGGUGGAGGUAUAUACCCCUAUAAAUGGCUGUUGUGCCUGAAAAGGGCCUGCCUUUCAAUCCAUCACUCUAUGCUUGAGGCACACACACCCUCUGUCCUCAUCGUCUCUGCCAUUCCCCUGGACUCUAGAUAGGACAUCAGCAACUGGUCUCCUGUAUUAGACGAAGAAGUGUACCGAAGUACGAGCAGUUUAAGUUGUUUCAUCGCUAUGCCGCAAAACUUCUGGCGAUGCCCUAUGCAUUGUCAACAAUAUGCACGUAUCGAGGGAAAGAGUGAAGAGAAAACUACAGAUGGAUCAAGGUUAAUAGCCUGAUGUAUAUAUCUGUUUCAACCAAUAAGAUUUAUACACUGUAUUCUUAUGUCUCUCAUUUGAUCAUUGUAGAAACAAAAGGGUAGUAACAUUUACAUUUUUCUAACAUAUAUUUUCAUUGUUGUUUUUAUCUACAAACAUUAAGAUUUUUAUCAUUAUUUAAACAAUUGUUUUAGCUUGAAUGUCAAACUAGUUUUUAUAACUAAUAUUAUCCUUAUUGGAGUUACCUACCAGUACCAAAUAGAACUGGUGAGAAAUAAUUAUUUAUUUUUAAAGAUAAAUAUGUAUAGGUUAUAGGUUAUAUACAGGAUUUUAAGAAAUUAAUUUUCGAGUGAAUGAAGUGACGCAAGAAAAUUAAUUUCUUAAAACUUUGUAUAUAACCUAUUACCAACUUACAGUUAGCACCGCCCAUUCAAAUCGAGUGCAUUAUGUAAAUAGGCGGAGUUCAUUAAAUCGGCUCAUUUAACAUAUAAAUUUAA